AAUCAGCAAGGUCACGUGACGAGUAUAAAAUAAUCUCCCAGCAGGUCAGCGCCACCACUUGAAUGUUUUGAUCAUGUCGUCUGCUCUGGUGUUCGCCUUCGUCUGUCUGCAAGUCAGUCUCGUUUUUGGUGCUUGUCCUCACAUCAUCAAAAGGGCGGACUGGGGCGCCAGAGCCCCCCGUAGCGUCACCCACCUUGCCGGCCCCGUCCACUACUCCUUCAUCCACCAUUCCGCUGGUCCUGACUGUCAUGACAGAGCGACAUGCCAGGCGCAAGUGAAAAUAUUCCAGAACUACCACAUGGACACCCACGGUUGGUCUGACAUCGGCUACACCUUUGUGAUUGGAGGCGACGGUUCCAUCUUUGAAGGUCGAGGCUGGAAUGUUGUUGGCGCUCACACACUCAACUACAACAGUGUUGGAUACGGUUUCUGUUUUGUGGGCACCUUCACGAGUCACGUGCCCACGGCCGCUGCCCAGAAGGCCGUCAAGGACCUGAUCGCCUGUGGUGUGGAGCUGGGCAAGAUCCAGGCCAACUAUGUCCUGAGAGGACACAGGGACAUGGGCAGUACAGCAUGUCCUGGUACAGCAUUCUACAACCUCAUCAAGACCUGGCCACACUACUAAUUACUCUAAUUAAAUAUCUCGCAGAUUUUAGUACCUCAUCAAGACCUGGCCACACUACUAAUUAGUCUAAUUAAAUAUCUCGCAGAUUUUAAUAUCUCAUCAAGACAUGGCCACACUAUUAAUUAAUCUAAUUAAAUAUUUCGGAGAUAUCGCCCUAAUUUAUAAGGAAAUAAAAGUAUCAUUACA